AUGUCAUUUAUAAAGAACCUUCUAUUUGGUGGUGUCAAGACGAGCGAGGAUCCUACCGGUUUAUCAUCCAGCGGGAAAUCUGGAAAAACAUCUGGUUCAACCGAUGAGCCUAUGGUAGAGGGGAAGUUCUUCCCUAGAACGCUAUACAAGUACAAUGGCCAUGAUGAUGAAAAAAUUUUCAUUGCAGUUAGAGGCAAGGUGUAUGACUGCUCUCAAGGUAGACAAUUCUAUGGCCCUAGUGGGCCUUAUACGAACUUUGCCGGUCACGAUGCGUCGCGUGGCCUUGCAAUGAAUUCAUUUGAUCUUGAUCAAUUUCGCCACUGGGACCAGCCAAUGGAUGACUUAUCAGAUCUUUCUCCCGAACAGAAUGCUGCGUUAGAUGGCUGGUGCGAGCACUUUCAGAAGAAAUACCCAUGCAUUGGCGACCUUGUGCCAGAGCCGGGUGUGAACAUAUAG